CUGGCAGGCGGCCGCUUUUGCAAGAAGCUUGAGCCCCGCGCGCUGCCGUCCGAGCCCCUCUCGCGGAGCCCUGGGGGAGGGUCGCGCAGCGCGCCCGCAGCAGAACCGAGCAGUCCCGCGCCAUGUCCGGCCUCGUUAAGGUUUCCGGUGGCCUUAAGUCAGUGGACUACGAAGUGUUCGGCCGCGUGCAGGGUGUCUGCUUCAGAAUGUACACAGAAGAUGAAGCUAGGAAAAUGGGAAUAGUUGGCUGGGUUAAAAAUACCAGACAAGGGACUGUUACUGGCCAAAUUCAGGGCCCAGAAGAUAAAGUAAAUGCAAUGAACAGGAUCAGCAGCCACAAACAAGAACCAGGACUGGACCUCUUCACUCAGGAUCCACAAAUCAGGAACAGUAACACGGACAUUGACAGGAGCUAGAGAGCUGAACCAGGCAGUUUGUCUCCUCUUGAUCUGAAGCAAAAGAGCAAUACAAACACUAGCUGCCUCUAAAAUGGAUAGCACAGAGCAAUGUGUGCUGAGUCCUUGUACACUUUUUCUUGUUACUACACAGACUAUAUGCUUGGUCCUGUAGAGUUUCCCAUUCUUUCCAGAUUACUAGGCAGAUUUCUAACGAUCACUGAUAUAAAGCUGACCAAUCAAUACACAUCAAAAGGCGCUGAAACAGAGUAUAUACUAAGGACAAACAGAAGGCAAGAAGAAAGUGGCCCAAUAUGGAGGACAGAUGAACUGCAGCCAUACAACAUGGCUAAGCCUGAAAACAAAUGGCAAGAAGAGGCUACAGGAAGAAAAAAGGGACUAAUUUAAAUCCAUUAUGACCAAAGUUCAUCUUGAAGCUAGAAACACUCUACAGGUGUCUUUAGAUGUGGUAAACCUGGUGGCACAACCCACAGCUACUGCUGUGGUCAUACUAAGCAUACUGGUUCCAAUCUUCUUGCUUGCCCCGAGAAAUACAGUCCAUGGUGGAGGUGCUUCCUUUUGAUGGCUGGAAGCUUAUUUGCCUUGAAGACAAAUGAAUUCUCCACAUUUUGAAGAACUUCUAAGUAACUAUCUCUACAUUGGGACAUACACACCUGCAACCACCAAGAAAACAAAAAACAUAUCCCUGUCAGCACUCCAGGUUCGCCCAAUAUGUCCAGCAACAGUAUGAGACAAAGACCCCAGAGACAUUGGCCACCUCCAUCUCAAUCAUCUUAUGCAAAACAUCUUAUGCAAAACUUGGUCAAGGGUCUGUGAGACACCCCCCCCCCAUCUACCCGUGCUGACAACAUUUGACUCCCUUCUAUGUGGUGUGGGCUUCCAUCACCACAGACAAAUGGGCCCUAUAAAUAAUACACACAGGCUACUUGGUGCCAUUUACCUCCAUCCCCCAACCUAACCUCCCUAUCCUCCCUCUUAUGAGCAUGUUCUGAGGCAUGAAGUAAACCGCCUGCUGUAUCUCAAAAACUCUGCUCUUGGAUGUGUACCAAGGCUCCGACUGAAAGGACAGAUCCAAUGAGGAUUCUAAGGAGAUGCCAAUAUCUCUGAAUCAUUGUGUUUCUGAAGAACACAUGCUGGUUGCUUAGGAAAUUUAUUUUUAUACAUUUGAAUUCACCCACUGAAAUAUCAGGAAUUUUUCUAUGGCAUAGUUUGCUGUUUGUUUGAUGCAGAUAUGCAAAGUCCAUUAAAGUUAGUUAUGAAACAGUAUCCACCCUACCAGUGAAAAGGAAUUUUUCUUUACUUUUUUCCUUAUCUCUCUCGCUAUAUAUAAAAAAAUUCAUGUGGGACGUCAGCCCAACCCCCAAGUCCAGGCCAUGAUCUCCGACCCCCUCCUGGGGCUCAGAUGCUCUGGGCCCCGCUGGCCCUACGUGGGCAGCAGCUUUAGCUAUGGCAAGGCUCCCCUCCCCAGAAGCAUGCCUGGGAUUGUCCAGGGGCCAACAAAACAGGCCUGGGGCUCAGCCUUCCCUGACUCAUGGGGAGCAAAGGAUUAGGGUUAGGCCUCAGCGAGGGUGGAAGGGCUGGGACUGGGCUGAGGAUGAGGGGAACUGGAGCUGGCAUGGCCUGGGCUGGGGCUGGUGUGGCCAGGUGAUUGGGGUGGGGGAAGAGUCGGGGCUGGUGGAGCAUCAGCCUGGCCCACCCAGUGGCCGAGCAGAGAGCUGGGAAUGAAUACCCCCAGAGAGAGAGAGACUGGCGAGCAUAAUGAGCAGGGGGUGAAGUUCCCCAGUUUUUUUUUUAUUACAUUUUAAAACGAUGACAUACAAAACAGUAAAGUUCAUGUAAAGAAACAAUGUUGAGGCCUAGAUGGCUAAUGGUUGCUCCUGCAUUAUGGCUCUUCUCAUGAAUGUAACUGCUUGCAGGGUCAGGCCACUUAAUAGAACUAAGUGAAAAUAAUUAACUGUUUUUGCUUAAAGUUUAAUAUCUGUGUAAAAUCUUAGCAGGAUUAGGGCUUUAGAACUCAUUUCCUCUUUGUAUUACACCCUGUGGGUGAAAUCCUGGCCUUAUUGAAAUCAAUGGUGAAAUUCCCAGGAUUUUGCCCUGCAUAUCUUCACUUAAAUCUGUGGAAAUUGCAGGAUGUGAAUGAGGGUAGAAUUUUGCCUCCAAGUGUUGUUGUAGUUUGAUAAUCAGUGUUUGAUUUCUGAUAAUUAACUUUUUUGUAAAUUCUCAGAAGAAAAGGAUUACAUAAUUUCUAUAUUGCAGGGUAGUCUUUAAAAAUGUAUGAAUUUUAAACAUUUAUUUUAAUUUAAUUGGAAAAUCUUGUGAACCAUUUCCAGAGGGCAAUAUAGCAAAAAGUUUUAUCAUUGGAUUAAAUAUUUUUGGAAAUUAUCCUAGAAAAAAAUUGUAUUUAUUUGUAUUGUUAGAUAACAGUAUUUUGAAUGCUAUAAAAGGCAUCUCUGUUUAAGACUAGCAUUUACUGUAGUUCUAUGUACAUUAGCAAGCCUUGUACAUAAGACCCUACUAAUGAUACUUGGUGCUUUUAUUUAAUAACAUCUAUUUUUAAACUAUAGGUGGAGCUCUUUGGUUUGUAGAUGUGUAUUUUUCAACUGUUCAUGCCUUAUUUGAAAUAAGGCUAUUUGUAGACUAUUCUGUAGAAUCCCUUCUUUGAGUUAGAGGCUUUUUUCCCCUACUGUAUUUUAUAGUCCUGCUCCCCUUGUUGUUACAUGUCCAUGUGCACAGCAUAUAAUUAAUCUUAGUACAAAAAACUUCAUUUCAGUUUUCACCUGUCAUUGAGCCUGUGAAUCAAUAAUAGUAGGGUCACUCUCAAAACCAAGUUACACCUAUUGAUGUUCAUUACUGAGACACAUUGUUAUGGAGUUUAAAGAUAGAUUGAAGGGUUUCCUACCAAUCCAAAAUAUAUUGUUUUAAACAAUGCAAUAAAAUAACUAUCAUUCCAUUUGCAUAAAAGAGAACCAUAUAAACACAAUAUUUUUCUUUACAGUAUCUUGUGAUAGUAUUCAUAUAAUGAAGUUAAAGUCCUUAAAGACAUUGUAGUUGUUGUCAUAGCAACUUUCAGUGACAAAAUAGGCAUUCUUUUUUUAGUGAAUUUUCAAGUUUAAACUAUCUAUAAACAUUAGUCAUUUGCAAUUAUUAACUUACAAAAAGGGUAAAGAUUAGUAUAUGUGGAUGGCUAAAUUUAGAAUUUAUUAAAAUUGUGAUGCCUUGGUAUAGCAGAUUAAAGGAACUGACAUGCACCUAAGAAACAAUACCCGAUGGAAAUUUUUAAAUAGCAAUUAUCAUUGGUAACAGCAAUGGUAUUUAAAUAUUUUUCCUUCAUUUUAGAGGAGAACAUGUUGUGUUAAGUAUAAUAUUCUCUGUCCUGGAAGUGGUGGAUUUAUUUUAAUAGAUAAAAAUGUUGUAAACUGAAUUCACAAUUAUUUUUAAUAAUUGAAGUUUUCAGUAAAAAUACCAAUAACUAUUAAGUCUCAAAGGGUAGCCAUGUUAGUCUGUAACUGAAAAAGCUUAAACAACGAAUGGUC